AUGAGCUACGCAACAAAUCUUCUAACGGCUUAUCCUCCUUCAUAUGAUCGAUCUACAUUAGUAAGUGAUGAUCUUGUACAACGUUCAUCAUUUGGAAAUUUUCAUGAAUCCUCUAUUCCUUAUACAAGUGGUAGUCGUUUACAUAGUGAUGAUUUAACAUUUAAUCAAUUAGAUCUUGGUCCAACAAGUUAUCGUUCAACAGUAUAUUCUCAUUAUCCAUUAACAAAUCAUCGAACAUCAUCAAUAACUGAUUGGCGUCGAGAUGUUCUACCACAACCUACAUAUAAUACAUUUAAUAAUAUAAGAGAAUAUUCUGAAAGUCUUGGUACAUCAUCACAUACAACACCAGCAUCAAAUGUAGCACAACCAAUGAAUGAUAAUAAUUAUAAUGGAUCAACGAAUAUGUUUCCUAAUUAUCAACAAAAUUAUAAUAGAUUAUUUAAUGAUGUUGAUCGAAGUCCACAUAUGAAUACGAUUUGGAGUCCCGUAGGACCAACAAUUCAAACAAAUGAUGAAAAAUCAACACCUACACAACGUUCACUUCCAGAUUUAUCAGCAAAUAUUCUACGAAAAACAUCACCAAUGGAAAUUUCAAUAAAAAAUAAAACAAUAAUACCAUCACCAUCAUCAACAUUAACAAAACAAGAAAAUCAAAUUCAAACAACUUCAGCAUCAACUGAAACUGACAAACAACAAACAUCUAUUGAUAAUCAAGUAUCAUCAAGUGAAAAAAAAGAUGAAACAUCAAUAGAUGAAAAACUUGGUCAACAAGCAUGGACAACUAAAAUUGAUAAAUUACAUACAAUGCAAGCACAACGUGAAAAAGAAAAAGCAAAAUCAUCACGUGCAUUACCAAAUCUAUCAAAAAAACUUGAUAAUCAACCAAUAAUAAAUAAAUCAACAACAAUUAAUGAUAAUAGAGUUCGUGAAGAAUCAUUUCAAAUGAGAACUGGUUCAUAUUUUGAUUCAUUAUUUGAUGGAAAUUUUUUUCGAAAAUCUUCAAUAAAUCAACAAAAUUUAAAUUUAUCAUAUCAACGAACAUUAUCAAUGCGAAAUAAACCAAAUUCAACUUCAUUUCAUCAACCAAAAACAACAAUUUAUCCAAAAUAUGUUUCACCAAGAAAAGCUUCUCAUUAUGAACCACCAAAUAUUACAAAUAAUUCAAAUAAAAAACAAGUACCAAAACAAGAUCAAAAUAAUUCAGCUGUUCAACGUGAAAAUAUUCAUAAAGAUUCUGCCGAACGAUUUCGUGAAGCAUUAACUAAAUUUCGUUCAGAUCGUGCUGAACAACAACAAAGCGAAUCAAAUGAAUCAACAGCAAAACGUUUAAAUUAUGGAAAUUAUGUUCGACGUUCAACUAAAGAUGAUUUACUUCAUAAUGCUGUUAAACCAUCACCAUGGUCGGAUUUUAUUGAUCUUAAAAAAGGAAAUCUUUAUUCUAUGACAAAAGAAGAAAAGAAAGAACUUUAUAAUCAAUCAAAAUCUUAUGGUGAACGUGUUCGUUAUCGAAAUUUUGCUUUACAUCAUGGUACUCAAGGAAAUCCAAUACAAUAUCGUCCACGUCCUUUGCCUAUUCUAAAUCAAGAAUCUCAAUCAAGUGAUGAAACAACAUCUCAUGAAGAUAUAAAUGAUGAUAAUAAUGAUUUAAAAUCAUCAAAACGAUCUAAUUCAAGUUCAACAAUAAAAACAACAGCAAGAACAUAUACAAAACAUACAAAUAAUAAUGAAAAUAUAAAUAAUCGUACAUCAAUGUUUACUGAUCAAUCAAGUACAAAUCAACCAUCAGAUGAUGAAGAUGAAGAUAUAUCAGAUUUUAAUUUAAGUCGUAAACAAAAACAAAAAAAACGUUUUCAUAAAAAUAAUUCAUCUGUACGAACAACAACUGAAACUGAAGAAAGUGAAAAUGAUGAAACAAGUGAACAACAAAGUAUUCGAAUGAAAAAUCGUGAUACUGAUGAUGAUUUAUUUACUGUACGAGAAGAAAAAACACUUGAAUCAUUGGAAGGUGCACGAUAUAAAAAACGAUAG